CAAUUCCUCCCCAAAAUGUCCUUUCCCAACAGCUCUCCUGCCGCCAAUACUUUCCUAGUCGAUUCUCUGAUUAGUGCCUGCAGGAGCGACAGUUUCUAUUCCAACAGCGCCAGCAUGUACAUGCCUCCCAGCGCUGAGAUUGGGACUUACGGGAUGCAAACCUGUGGACUGCUACCGUCUCUGGCCAAAAGAGAGGUUAACCAUCAAAAUAUGGGUAUGAAUGUACAUCCGUAUAUACCUCAAGUCGACAAUUGGACAGACCCGAACAGGUCCUGUCGGCUGGAGCAACCUGUUAGCCAGCAAGUCCCCGCAUGCUCCUUCGCCACCAACAUUAAGGAGGAAACCAAUUGCUGCAUGUAUUCCGAUAAGCGCUCCAAGCUGGGCUCUUCUGCCGAGGUCCCUUCCUACCAGAGGCUGGUCUCGGACUCCUGCCCCAUUGAGAACCCCGAGGUGCCCGUCCCCGGAUAUUUCCGCCUCAGCCAGACCUACGCCACGGGCAAAGCCCAAGAGUACAAUAACAGCCCCGAGACGAGCUCGACUGUCAUGUUACAGUUAAACCCUCGCGGCGCUUCCAAGCCGCAAAUCGCCUCGCAACUUCCGAUGGAGAAGAAACUGACCGAGAGCCCCGGCAGCGGCGCCGGCCACCACCCGGACAACUCCGCCAAAGUCUCCCAAGUCGAAAGUCCCGAGCCCAAGGCGGCGCUUCCAGACGACAGGAACUGCCUGGCCGAAGCUUCCGCCUCCAGCCCAGAAACCCAGGAGAAGGAAAGCAAAGAGGAAAUCAAGUCUGAUACUCCAACCAGCAAUUGGUUAACAGCAAAGAGUGGGCGAAAGAAGAGAUGCCCCUACACUAAACAUCAAACACUGGAAUUAGAGAAAGAGUUCUUAUUCAAUAUGUAUCUCACUCGAGAGCGCCGCCUAGAGAUCAGUAAGAGCGUUAACCUCACUGACAGGCAGGUCAAGAUCUGGUUUCAGAACCGCAGAAUGAAACUCAAGAAGAUGAGCAGGGAGAACCGAAUCCGAGAACUGACCGCUAAUCUGACUUUCUCUUAAACCUGUCACCUGGGGGCUGACCGAGAGUCCAGGCACAGGCUCAGCUACCACCAGUUGUUAUCCAUGUAGGGAAGACUCGUGGGGGAGGGGGGGGGAACAAACAAACAAACAAAAACUACACCCCUUGAUACAAUUCCAUUUUUUUUAUUUCUGAUAGAAUGUGAUUUUUUGUCAUUCUUUUUAGUGCUUACAAGUGUCUAUGUAUGUUCCUACGACGAGUAUAUAUAUAUAUUAUAUAUAAUUAAAAAAGAAAGUCUAGCACGUGUAAUUUAUUAUUAUUAUUAUUAUUUUUCUCAUAGUAAUGCAGGGUAAACUCUGAUUGAACAUGGUCAUUUUGGUCUUAACUUAUUCGAGCUGUCGAACACCCAGAAAAUGUGACUUUUUCCAUGUUUUUUUUUAAACUAACCACGUGGUAUUUAUGUGGGGACGAGGACAAGGGCCAUGACAUUUUGACUAUAUAAAAUAUUUUGGAAUUAUUAUUUUUUUUUAAGAAAAGGGGAGGGGAUCCUCGUGGGGGGGAGGGGCAGAAAUAAAGAAAGAAAGCACAUUUUAUGAUGUAACUCCCCUCUCCUCCCGUGUGCGUCCGAUUUGUCCUUCGUGCAAUGGAACCAUCCAUUC